GAGAAGUACUUCCGGGUCAUUUUGGGAGCCAACUCCUCGCCGAAGUUGCACGUUUUUGGUGAAAGAAGACAAGAUGGGUAUCUUGGAAAGGAUCGCAGAGAUUGAGGCCGAGAUGAAUCGGACCCAAAGAAAUAAAGCUACCAUGGGCCAUUUAGGUUUGCUGAAGGCACGACUGGCCAAACUCCGACGAGAGCUAAUUGAGCCUAAAGGUGGCGGUGGGGGUGCAGGCGAAGGGUUUGACGUGGCAAAGACUGGAGACGCCAGGAUAGGAUUUGUAGGGUUCCCAUCCGUAGGUAAGUCCACCCUACUAAGUAACCUGGCUGGAGUGUAUUCAGAAGUGGCUGCCUAUGAGUUCACCACACUUACAACAGUACCUGGGGUCAUCAGGUACAAAGGAGCAAAAGUACAGUUGCUGGAUUUGCCUGGUAUUAUUGAAGGUGCUAAAGAUGGCAAGGGUAGAGGAAAACAGGUCAUAGCAGUCGCAAGAACAGCAGGAUUAAUUUUUAUCGUGCUUGAUGUGCUGAAACCACUACAGCAUAAAAACCUUAUAGAAAAGGAAUUGGAAGGAUUUGGUAUCCGGCUCAACAAAGAUCCACCACAAAUUGGGUUCAAAAGGAAGGAGAAGGGAGGAAUCAACAUGCAAACAUUGGUGACACAAUCAGAAUUGGACUUGGAUUUAGUAAAGACGAUUUUGAAUGAAUAUAAGAUCCACAAUGCUGACAUUGUCCUCCGAGUUGAUUCCACAUCCGAGGAGCUCAUUGAUGUGAUAGAAGGGAACCGGGUUUACAUUCCCUGUAUAUACCUGCUCAACAAGAUAGACCAGAUAUCCAUCGAGGAGUUAGAAAUAAUUUACAAAAUACCUCACUGCGUGCCCAUAUCAGCACAUCACAAGUGGAACUUUGACGACCUCCUGGAGAAGAUGUGGAACUACCUUGGCCUUGUUCGAAUAUACACAAAACCUAAAGGACAGCUUCCAGAUUACACUUCACCAGUUGUUUUAAAAGAUGGCAAGAGUUCAAUAGAAGAUUUCGCCAACAAACUCCACAGAAGUUUACUAAAAGAAUUCAAAUAUGCGUUGGUUUGGGGAUCAUCAGUGAAACAUCAGCCCCAGAAAGUUGGCAAGGAUCAUGUUUUAAGUGACGAAGAUGUGGUCCAAAUUGUGAAAAAAGUAUGAGCUGCCUUCCUGUUUGCUAAGUUAUUGACUGGUUCUCAUGGAGAAAUACUCAGCAUCUGUUAACAUUAAUGGGAAUUUCCUUGAGAAUGAAGAUCGCCAAGGACUUGUGAUGGUUGUCAUAGUUAUUACUGACCCUAGCUAUGUACUUUUGUCAACACUGAAGUUACCUCUCCUAUGUGAAUCAAAUGGAAUUUCUACAAUAAGAAGAGAAUGGAUUUAUUUAAAAAUCCUAAAAUUCCUAUAUAAAAUGGUUCUUUUCUACAUGGAAAUAUAGUAAAUGUACAUAUUUUAGGGCACUCUAAUUUCAAUGCUUAAUAGAAUUAGAAUAGAUUUAUGAGGAAUUAGUACAACAACAAUACUGGUGAAAGAAAAUAGUAUAAAGACAGUGUAAUUAGCACAAUCAGAAGUUAGCUGAAUGACUUCGGCAUGAAAAACGCUAAAAUCAGAUUACCUCUAAAAUCGUACUUUUGCAGUAGGUUCAUAUCAAAUCUGUGAAUUCAUGUGAAUUUACAGGAAUAUUUUCUUAGAGAUAGAAGAACUAUAGGUAUUUGUAAAUUCACCCGGAUUUUUUCAUCAAGGUGUUGCAGAAAUGUUUAUAUCCGGAUUGAACCAUGGGAAUUCGCUCUAGAUACCUAUGUAGAACGGGAGACUUAUGCAAAUUUGUUUUAAAAUUAUGAGUUGGAUUUAUGUGAUUUUUGUUAAAUAUCGGUGAAAGGCGAGGAUAUACCACACCUUAUGAGAAGGACAUGUUUGGUGUAUUGGUUCUUUAAUUUACUGACAUGAAUUUGAAGAAACAGGAUCUGUUGCUUUGAAAAGUGAAUAUUGCCCCCAUUAAAAUGCAUUAAUUUUA